GUUUCGUUGGUAGUUCAAUAAUUUUAUUAAGAUAAACUCUCGCUUUUUGCUAAUUUUCCUUUGUAUAUAAAAUAAAUUAACUUAAAAUAAAAUGUGAGUAUUAAUUCUGUUGCGUUUUUGUUUUAAGAUUAAAAGAAGUUUUAAGAAUUGUUAGUGUUUUCCAGAUAUAUUUUGUGUUCGUUGAUAUGGCAUUGGCAGCAAACACCCGAGAAAAAAUUUUUCUUGUAGGCUAUCCGUCUCAUCAAAUUACAGGGUGUAAAUUACCCUCAAAUCGUCAAGUUUUGUCAACACUAUUUUUUAAUUUGCGAAUUGUAAAAUUUAAUUUAAAGGAAUCUGCAAGACUUGUCAUUCGAGAGGUACUUAUUUUUUGGGAAAAAGCCAGAAUUCAAACAAAAUAUGAAAAAGAUGCCAUUGUUAAAUUAGAAAAACUUUACAAUGAGUGGAGAAAUCACCAACGAAAUAAAAACAAAACGCUUGAAAGCACCAAAAAUAAAAUAAAAGAAUUUGCGUUGAAAAUGGACGAUCUCUUUGAUAUAGCACAUCGAGAUGCCUUGACCAUUACUGAAAAAAAACGCAGAAUUGAAGAAUUCAGAUUUGAUAUUGAUACUGAAGAUGACGCGGAAACACAGGGGACGGAGGAGGAAGCUCAAGAAGAAGUAUAUAGCCAGAAUUCUGCGGAUUGGGAUAGAAUGGAUGUUUCUCUAUCUCAGGCAACCUCUGGGCCAUCGGGUAGCAGGAAAAUGAGAUGGAAGCGUAGUUGGAUUCAGAACACCAGGAGCCACUCAUCAUGCUAGGUGGAUGGCCAAAGCUAUUUAUAGCUUAAAAAUAUUCAUGUUUCGAAGCCAGUUUAAAAUGAGUAACGAGGAACGUAACGCUCUCGGUGAUAUCUGCGUUUUCAUCGUAAAAAUUUACUGCAAGGCUUGGUUUAAUGCCCCAAGAGCUUAUCUGGCUCCUAAACAAGAUCUUGAUCUUUUGCGUGAUUUCAUUGAAUACCGCAAGAUAGACAAAGACAUUUCAGAGAAGGCUCUUGCUAAAUUCUCAAACCAUUUAUGGUAUUUGAGUUCAGAGCUGAUAGGUCUGGCGUUCUUUGACCCAACUUUACCAGAUGGCGAAAAAUCAGAAAUGGCCAACAUAAUUUUAAAAAACAGCGAAACAGAAACCAACAGAAUAGUAAAUCCAAAGCUACAUCCACAUGAAAUUGAACAAUUUGUCACAGCAGGGUUAAAAAAUAUUGUGAACAAAGAAACAUUGAACUUUUUCGGCCGAUUGAAAAUAGACACAAGUUUUCUCAAAGAACCUCCAAAUCCUUGGCCCGAAAACCCCCAUUUUAAAGAAGGCUUUAAGAAAGUGAAAACACUUAAAGUCGUAAAUGACAUGGCAGAAAGAGGAGUCAAGUUAAUAACCGAUUUUAAUAAUCUUUUAACUAAAGAUGAGGAACAAAAACAAUAUGUACUUCAGGUAGUCAGUGAGUGCCGAAAAUUAUAUCCUGAUGCUUCCAAAACUACUUUAAGUAAGUCACUUGAUUAAAUUUUUUAGUAUUUACUUCAAUAAUUAUGUAUAAGAAAUUUAACACGAUGUUAAGUAUUUUGUUUUUUAGAAAUCUGUUAAAUGUUUCGAUUUUUUUUUUUAAAUAAAACAGUAAAAAAAAAGUUUCAUUUUAAAUCGAGUUUGCACUUCAGCUCUUUUUGAGGUAAGUACUGAAAAUUUAAAUUGAUGACAAUAUUUUUUUUUUUGUAAAACUAAACAAAUUUUGAAUCUGAAUUAUUUGUAAUAACACUACCUUUCAUUUAAUAUAUAAAAAGUGAAAAUAACCCCAUCUGUUUGGGAGCUAGAGCUAAUUUUCUUCGAAAAACAGUGAAAAAACAGAGAUUUUUGAUACUUUGAGCGAGUGUCGGCACCAUUUAGACUUAUCCAA